ACCAGCAGACUCCCAGAUGAUGAUGGCUCCAUCCUCCAAGGACCUUCGGGACACAUGGGUUGCGUUGUUCGACUCAAUGCCACCCGGCUCGAUCCCGCGAUCGUCGGGUGAGUGCUGGGGAAACUAGAGAAGAGGGCGUCGAAAAUUGCUCAUUAUGUACGUUUGAUUUUGGGGGAUUUCUGGGGGAUGUAUAUUCAGUUUCAUCCGAGUCUUCUGAGUCGGAUCCGUCUACGAAGACAGAGAGUGCCUCUGCCAUUCAACUCCUCAGAAACCUCCGCAACCAUGCUACCCGCACCCGUAAGUACCCCCAACCUCUCCCUCCCAUCCCUUCAUGCACCUAACAACAUGCUCCAUAUUCAUUUCACCUUCCCAGUCCUCGAACACUUCACCCGCCUCACCUCCGUCCUAGGCACAAACACUCACCGUCUCAACGCCUCCCUUUCCCGUCUCCACUCCUCCCUCAAACUCGACUCCCCACUACACAAUUCCUCCCCCUACGCUCUUUACCCUUACCAUCUCAUCUUCCCACACGAUCUCGUCGUGCCACUAGAGUCCACGUUAGGGAACAGCGCAGCAGAGGAUGCGUUCCUUAAAGCUCGAGCCGCAGCAGAGGAAACUAUCUUAUUGAUCGGUUUGGUCGGGCAAGAUCUUCAGAAGUAAGUUCGAACUUUAGAAUUUUCAAUUUUUUUUUUCCUUCACUACCAUCACAUUGCUUCGCCCAUUUUUUUUCGUCCUUUCCCUUAUCACUUUUUUUCUCCUCCGUCAAACUCUUUCAAUUGCUAAUGCUAAUCUUUCAUUGGCCUCAACUCAACGCACAGAUUUGGACAUUUGCAACGGUAGACACC